UGCGCUAUAUAAACGGUGGCGCAUUCAAUCUCGUGCUUCAGUGCCACAAUAGUGGAUAUCACAUUUAGUAGUUUGUUAAAAGCAAAGACCAAAUUUCGUACGCAAAACAAAGGGCCUUGUUUACAAUUUACGCACAAGUGUCAUCUACAAUAUAAACAAACACAUACAUACAUACAUAUUAUAUUUGUAUUGUAAAUCAGAGUGUUUAAAUUUUUUAUUCGCCGCACACUGGGCAAGGAGAGAAGCAAAUAGUUCAAGUUGAACAUCAUUUGUAAUUGAUAAGAUGAGUGGACGCGACAAUCGUGGCGCCGGCGGAGGCGGUGGCAACGGUGGCGGAGGCCAUCACCAUCAGCCGCUGAGCAGCGCUAUGGGCAAACUAAAGGAGAAAUUAUCCAGAGCAGGUGAGGAGCUGGGCUAUCAUCGUGUGGAGAGCACUUUGUCCACAUCGAACACAGGCACAAGCUUGGACACAAUAUUGCCGGAGGAUCCGUUUCCGUUUCCACAGGCAGCGCCUCAAAGGCCACAACAGCAGCAGCAACAACAACAACAACAACAAAAUAGGCAACAGGAACUGCGUCUACUGCAUGACGAGGACGAUGAACCGCCGCUGUCAUUUCGCCCGCUGCUAGAGAACGUGGACGAGCCACCACUGCUGCAGCAGCAGCAGCAACCACAACAACAACAACAACAGCAGCAACAACAGAGAACUCCAUUGCGUGCCAGCGGCAGCUUGGAGUUAACACCGAUACCACCACCACCAACUACAUGGGAGCCGCAUCGUGAUCGCCAGCAGCGCAGCGUGGUCUUGGGCGGGGAAGAGCUGCAGCGCAGCAAGCAAUCGUUGAAGGGCUCACGCGUGUCCUUUGAGAAGCCGCAAGCCGGCAAAGCCGCUGAGAGCAGCGACGAGGAUAGCUUCGAGGAGAAGCGCAUUGGUUUCCAGAAGCAAAAGGCUACAAGCGUAGAUCGCAAGGGCAUCUUGAAGGAUCUGCAUCAUAUUUUGGACCACGACAAUCGUCGUCAGUUCCAGGCCAAAAAGCACGUCUCAUUGGACAUUAAGGGAACACGCUACUUGGAGGAUUUGCUCAAGGAGUCUUCAUCGGAGGAAGAAUUUCAUAAAACCCGUCGCGAGUUUCAGGGACGCAAGCAUCAGAGUCUCGAUCCGCGUGUCACGUUCAAACUGAACAAAGCGCUACUCAGCUCCAGCACAGACAGCGACGAGGAGGGCGAGGAGCAUAAGCGUCUGAUACAUCGUCCCAAGGAUAUUACCAAGCCACUUAUUAUCGAUCUAAAGGACUUGGAGAGCGAAAGCGACGAGGACUUCCAGACGUCGCGUCAGAAUUUCCAACAGCAACGCUCCAUCAGCACAGAUUCACGCAAAAGUCGACGUUACGAAAUGGACGACAUGGGCAACAAGCGUGGUGACAACUUACGCCAUGCGGUGCCCUUUGUGCGACAAAUCACCGAAGAUGGCAAGCCCAAGCUGGAGGUCUAUAGGCCCACAACGAAUCCCAUCUAUAUAUGGACGCAGGUGCUGGCUGCGCUAAGUGUCUCCCUAGGCUCACUCGUGGUGGGCUUUGCUAGCGCCUAUACCUCACCCGCGUUAGUGUCCAUGACCAACCCCAAUAUGACAUCCUUUACGGUUACUCCUCAAGCGGCCAGCUGGGUGGGCGGCAUUAUGCCUUUGGCUGGUUUGGCUGGCGGCAUUGCUGGCGGUCCCUUCAUCGAGUAUCUGGGCAGACGUAAUACAAUCUUAGCCACUGCAGUGCCUUUUAUCGUCUCCUGGCUGCUAAUUGCCUGCGCUGUCAAUGUGGUCAUGGUGCUCUGUGGACGCUUCUUGGCUGGCUUUUGUGUGGGCAUUGCAUCGCUCUCGUUGCCCGUUUACUUGGGCGAAACAGUGCAGCCGGAAGUGCGUGGCACGCUGGGACUGCUGCCCACGGCGUUUGGUAACAUUGGCAUCUUGCUAUGCUUUGUCGCCGGCACGUAUAUGGACUGGUCCAUGUUAGCCUUUCUGGGCGGCGCCUUGCCUGUGCCUUUUCUCAUACUCAUGUUCUUCAUACCGGAGACACCGCGUUGGUAUGUGAGCCGCGGUCGCGAGGAGCGCGCACGCAAAGCUCUGAGCUGGCUGCGUGGCAAGGAGGCGGAUGUGGAGCCAGAGCUGAAGGGUUUGAUGCGCUCCCAAGCCGACGCCGAUCGUCAGGCGACGCAGAAUACAAUGCUGGAGCUGCUUAAGCGCAACAAUCUGAAGCCGCUGUCCAUUUCGCUGGGUCUCAUGUUCUUCCAGCAGCUCAGCGGCAUCAAUGCGGUUAUUUUCUACACGGUGUCCAUUUUCAAGGAUGCCGGCUCCACCAUUGAUGGCAAUGUCUGCACCAUUAUUGUGGGCAUUGUUAACUUUAUGGCUACGUUUAUAGCCACGAUUCUGAUUGAUCGUGCGGGCAGAAAGAUCUUGCUGUAUGUCUCCAAUGUGGCCAUGAUACUAACGCUGUUUGUGCUGGGCGGCUUCUUCUACUGCAAGUCCACGGGCAUGGAUACCUCCAAUGUGGGCUGGCUGCCGCUCAGUUGCUUUGUAGUCUACAUUUUGGGCUUCUCGCUGGGCUUUGGUCCCAUACCUUGGCUCAUGAUGGGCGAGAUUUUGCCAGCCAAAAUUCGUGGCUCAGCCGCCUCAGUGGCCACCGCCUUCAACUGGAGCUGCACCUUUGUGGUGACAAAGUCUUUCCAGGAUAUGAUUGAUUUUAUGGGUGCACAUGGCGCCUUUUGGAUGUUUGGGGCCAUUUGCUUUGUUGGCCUCUUCUUUGUGAUAAUCUAUGUGCCCGAGACGCAGGGCAAGACGCUGGAGGAUAUUGAGCGUAAAAUGAUGGGCCGUGUGCGUCGCAUGUCCUCCGUGGCAAACAUCAAGCCAUUGUCCUUCAACAUGUAA